AUGACGGACACGACGACAAGUAACAACAGUCGUAAGAGGACACGAUAUUCAUCUAUCGGUGGGCCGAGUAAACGAGCUCGUCGGAACAGCGAGAAAGGAGGCGGCAAACAGAAGGAAAAUCGCAAAAGCACCGGAAAAUCCAAGAAAAAACUAACAAUAAGAAGGCGAUUAACCGGUAUGAAAAAGAGGAUAUGCGAGUUGUUCGAGCAAGCUCUCACAGAUUCCCCCGAUCUUCCUGUCAUUAAUCAUUUGUUCAAAACAGCAGAUUCCUCAGGAACUCCGAGAGCCCCGCUUGUCGAAAUUCUUCGAAGUUUCCGCAUAUCAAAUUUAAUAAAGAAUACUCAUCAUUUGAAUCAAUUUCAUUGGGCAUCAAUUAGUAAUAUAACGUAUUUAUUCAAAAUCGAAGAAGACGAGCCGGGUGGCGGACUCUAUUUGAAAUAUCGACCCGUUUACAAGAAGAAAGCAUGCACUGUGUAUGUCGAUAAUCUUCCGGAAGGUUGCAACAGAGAAAAACUGUUAAGAAUUGCAAAAUGCUAUGGUAACGUGACAGAGUUGCGAAUUGCCAAAAAACCUCCACGAAUGAUUAGAGUGCCACGUGCUAAAGAAAUAACUAAUUGGGUAAAAAAUAAAGAAGAUGAAUCGCAACAUGAGGUUAAUAAAUAUAAUCAAGAAAAAGAAGAAGACGGCACUGAAAGUGAAGCUAAUAAGGAUUCUCGAAAAGAAGAGGAAGAUGAUGAAAAUGAAACUAAUGAUAGCCGUACAGGUGAAGAAACUAAAGAAAAGGAAAUUGAAGAAGGGGCGAAAAAAAUACCCGAAUGUGAAACUAAUAAUAAGAAUAUACCUUCAACUUCAAAACCAAGAAGGAUGAUAAAUAUCGGAUCACGCCCACGAUCUUUUGGUUUUAUUCGAUUUGUUGAAGAAGAACCAGCGGAGAGAAUGAUUCAUGAUUUCCGCGUGAAUGAUCCAUCUAUACCGUAUCUCAAAGCUCAAAUGAUGAACCAAACGUUAACAAAACGGCCGAGGACUUAUAGGGAAUUCCAUAUAAUGAGAUUGGUUCGAGAGAUUAGAAGAUUGAAGCAGCGUAAACGUCGUCGUCCAUUUUUAAUGUUCCAUCGUCUUGCAAGGCUUCGAGGCAGGCUGUCGUUGUUUAUUAGAAAAGAGAGAAAAUGCAGGUCGAGGGCUUGGAUGCUUUUGAAUGGUGGAACAAGACGGGUAGGAUGGAGAAGAUCUUAUCAGAAAGAUCAUCACGAUGGCAGAACAUCGACUCAUUCUAUCAACACUACCGAGAAUAAUCAGAAAACGGCGGAACCGACUGACAGUGCCAACGUCUCACGACCAUCGACGUCUUCGGCGUCUGCGAGAAGCAGCGACAGACGCUCGAACAAUAGGAAGCGAAAAUUACAAGAAUAUCGGAAUCUUAAAAGGAAGAAUGUGAAGCCGAAGAAAACAAAACGAAAACGCAAGCAUCACUCGAGAAAAUUGCCUAGUUAUAUUCCAGGAAGAUCCGUCAAAAAGUAUUUCACCGAUAUUCAAGUCAUAUCAUUAUCGCGAUACGAAGAGCUCAAGAAGGAAUAUCUUGAGAUGGUGGCAGCUGAAAAAGCGAAAUGUGCCAAUUGCUCGACAUCUUCCCCUAUUUCUUCCCAUCUCUAA